GGACAUUUGGCAAGAAAACCCUGUGAUAAGGUUCCCACAAGUCAAGGAUUACUUGGAAGCACACAGCAACACAGUUUCUAAGGAAGUAGUAGUCUUGGUCUAUUCAGUGCUAAGCGUCAUCUGGAGUCCUGCAGUCAGUUUUGGCACCUUCUUAAAAGAAGGAUAUAGGUCCCGUACAGACCGGCCAAAAUAAAGCUGCUUCCGUUCACUUUGGAGGCAUGCUGUUUAAAUGAUGCAUGCGUCCUAAGAGUCCAGAAGCUGUGCCAAAGCCACGCUCCAGUCCUAAGCACUGGACCACAGCUUCUUGACUCUUAGGAUCUUGUACCAAUUGGGGGGGGGAGAAUACUAUUUAGACUGAUUUCAUGUAGCCCCAGCCUAAUUUGCAAAGCCCUCUAAGGAGCCAUAGCUUGGAGAAAGCUUUUUGCAUUGCCAAGUUCUGUCUCUAGCACCUUCAACUGAAGCAGGUGGAAGCCCUCUGUCAGCCAGAUUUGAUUUGCUUGCUUUGUUUUGAGAGGAAUGAAGCUUCCACCUACUUUUUGGCAUCAGGCUCACUUAGACUCGGCCAAAAUGUAAUAUUCAAGUAUGACCAGUUAUGAUCCACGAUAUCAUUCAGUAAUAGUAGUUGUGUUCUUUCCUAGUGCCUUUUUUAACGCAAAUGGGUGAUGAAAAGGAGUCUUGGAAAGUGAAAACGUUAGAUGAAAUUCUUCAGGAGAAGAAACGCCGGAAAGAGCAAGAAGAGAAAGCAGACACAAAGCGCCUCAAAAAUUCUGAUGAUCGGGAUUCAAAGCGCGAUUCCCUUGAAGAGGGAGAAUUGAGAGAUCACCGCAUGGAGAUAACUAUCAGGAAUUCACCUUACCGGAGGGAAGACUCUAUGGAAGACCGGGGAGAGGAGGAUGACUCCCUGGCUAUCAAACCCCCGCAGCAAAUGUCACGGAAAGAGAAGGCCCAUCACCGGAAGGACGAGAAAAGGAAAGAGAAGCGACGGCAUCGCAGCCACUCAGCAGAAGGGAAGCAUGCUAGGGUGAAAGAGAAGGAGCGCGAGCAUGAACGUAGAAAAAGGCACCGAGAAGAGCAGGAUAAGGCCCGCCGUGAAUGGGAGAGGCAGAAAAGGAGGGAAAUGGCUAGGGAGCAUUCUCGGAGAGAGAGACAGCACCUUUUGGCUUUGGCUCAGGCAUCCCUUGGACAAACCCAUCCUAAGACGUUUUGUUACAUUGGGGAUCGCCUGGAGCAGCUUGAGCGGAAGCGGGAGCGAGAGAGGAAAAUGAGAGAACAGCAGAAAGAGCAGCGGGAAAUAAAAGAACGGGAGAGGCGAGCAGAGGAAAGGCGGAAAGAACGGGAGGCCAGACGAGAGAUUUCAGCACAUCAUAGAACAAUCAGAGAAGAAUAUGGGGAGAAAGUCAGGAUUUGGAGCCGCAGCCCUUUGCGACAACAGAGAGAAAAGCUUGAACAAGGAGAAAUCAGGAAAACAGUGAAGGAGGAAAAGCCAGAAGAGAGAGACCCACUUUCAGAUCUACAGGACAUUAGUGACAGUGAGAGAAAAACCAGCUCGGCUGAAACGUCAUCAGGGGAAACAGGAUCUGGUUCAGAAGAAGAGGAGGAGGAAGAAGAGGAAGAGGAGGAGGAGUCCAGUAGUGAAGAGUCAGAAGAGGAGGAAGAAGAAGAGGAGGAGGAGGAAGAAGAGACAGGAAGCAACUCUGAAGAAGUGUCUGAGCAGUCAGCUGAAGAGGUGAGUGAAGAUGAAAUGACCGAAGAGGAGGAAAGGGAGAAUGGAGACCAUAUUCCAGUUGAGUCAAGGUUCGAUCGGGAUUCUGCAGGGAGUGAUGGAGAGGAUGAAGAACCUGGGGAUGGAACCCCACAGUCCAACACAAUGACAGAAGGGGAUUAUCUUCCUGAUUCACCCGCGUCGUCGCCUAUAGAGCUGAAGCAAGAUCUGCCCCAAUAUCUCCCUGCCCUUCAGGGCUGUCGUAGUGUAGAAGAAUUUCAGUGUUUGAAUCGGAUUGAGGAAGGAACAUACGGAGUCGUCUACAGAGCAAAAGACAAAAAAACAGAUGAAAUUGUGGCGCUGAAGCGACUGAAGAUGGAAAAGGAGAAAGAAGGCUUCCCUAUUACAUCAUUACGGGAAAUCAACACCAUACUGAAAGCUCAGCAUCCAAACAUUGUCACUGUCAGGGAGAUUGUUGUUGGAAGUAACAUGGACAAAAUCUAUAUUGUAAUGAAUUACGUUGAACAUGACCUCAAGAGCCUCAUGGAGACAAUGAAGCAGCCAUUUUUACCAGGUGAAGUGAAGACCUUGAUGAUUCAGCUCUUGCGGGGGGUCAAACACCUUCAUGACAACUGGAUCCUUCACCGGGAUUUGAAAACCUCCAACCUGCUGUUAAGCCAUGCUGGCAUUUUGAAAGUAGGAGAUUUUGGAUUGGCUCGUGAAUAUGGAUCACCCCUGAAGCCAUACACUCCUGUUGUCGUUACGUUGUGGUACAGGGCACCUGAAUUAUUACUCGGCGCCAAGGAAUACUCCACAGCUAUUGACAUGUGGUCUGUGGGCUGUAUAUUUGGAGAGCUGUUAACUCAGAAGCCACUGUUUCCAGGGAAGUCAGAGAUAGACCAAAUUAACAAAGUUUUCAAGGACUUGGGAACUCCCAGUGAAAAGAUCUGGCCUGGAUACAACGAACUGCCAGCAGUGAAGAAGAUGACAUUCACAGAAUAUCCAUACAACAACCUCCGCAAGCGGUUUGGGGCACUCCUUUCAGACCAAGGCUUCGAUCUGAUGAAUAAAUUCCUGACAUACUAUCCAGGCAGAAGGAUCACUGCCGAAGAUGGCGCGAAGCACGAGUAUUUCCAAGAGACGCCCCUGCCCAUCGACCCCUCCAUGUUCCCCACAUGGCCAGCGAAAAGUGAACAGCAAAGAGUGAAACGUGGAACAAGCCCACGGCCUCCAGAAGGAGGCUUAGGAUACAGCCAGCUGGGUGACGAUGACCUGAAAGAUACAGGCUUCCACCUUACUACCACAAACCAAGGGGCAUCAGCUGCUGGACCUGGCUUCAGUCUAAAAUUUUGAAUGUAAGACAGAUCCUCACAGGACAGAUUUGGGGAAGCAAGAAGGAAACCAAUACUUGGUUCUCCACCGGAUUUGCUGGCAAGCUUUUGUGUUGCUUCUAUCACCCUAGGGAUCUGCUACUCUUACUCUUCUUUGAAGAAUGUUGCCUGUAAGUAGAGAUUUCUUUCCUGGGCCAAGUAUUUAAAGGACUGGAAUUAAUCUGAAAUGCCACAAAGUCCUCUGCACAAAACAAAAUCCCAGCAAACUUCAAGGACAUUUCUAGAUCUGGGUUUUUCCCCUCCCCUUUUGUUUAUAUUUAAAACUUAUAUUCUAGUCGGGAUUUUGUUUGUACAUUUGUAGAAUAAAAACAAAUUGAUUUUUAAUUGUU